AUGUUCGUCGCACAAGAAGCUUCUCCGGCUGCACCCGGUAAAGCUGGGCAAGGCAUCAAGUCUGCAGCCGCCGGCCCAUUCAAGCGAGACGACGCGCCUUCGUUCCUGACAAGGGUUAAGAACGACAUCGCGGACAUCUUCGCCGACCCAGCUCCGGGAAUAUUCAUCGAGCCGGAUGAGAACGACGUAAGCAGAAUCCACGCCCUCGUGGUUGGUCCAUCCGGAACGCCGUACGAGGGGGGCUUUUUCGAGUUCUUGAUAAAGUGCCCACCAGAGUAUCCUUAUCAGCCACCAACGGUCAAAUUCCUUACCACAGGCUGUGGAAAGGUGCGGUUUAACCCAAACCUUAAUAAGAGCGGCUCUAUUUGUCUCAACAUCCUUGGCACAGGAUGGAGCCCUGCGCAGUGCCUAGCAAGCGUGCUCAUUUCCAUCCAGUCGCUCUUGAACGAAGACCCCAUCUAUAACGAGCCCGGAAUCAGGAAAGGACAAAUGGUAGACCUCGCCAGCAGCUACAAUGCCGUUGUGGAGUACCAGACGAUCAGAGUAGCCGUGUGCGACAACGUUGAGGCAUGCCUCGAGGGUACUUCUUCUUUACCGUCGACCUUGAGGGACGUCGCAGUGAAAAAAUUUAGCGAGUUCUACGAGCAUUACGAGGCAGUAUUGAAACCGAAACUCCACCUGUCGGGUAACAAAAUGGACGAAUGGUACUACAAUCACACUGGCACUUUCGAAUACGCCGAACUGCUUACGCGACUGAAGAAUCUGAAGCAGAAAGUGGAGAAUCUGCAGGAUUAG